UGCAUCAGCAGCCUGAUGAGUCUGUGGAGACCCGACUGCAGCGCAGAGCAGCUCCAGGAGCAAAGCCCAGAAACAACGAUUAGAAGAUGAGGUGUGUUGCUGUGCUGUGGCUGAGCCUCCUCUCUCUGGGACGCUCUGCUUCUGAGAGCAGCAGGUGUGACGUUCUGCUGAAACUAAUCACCAUCAGCAAUGAAGAGAUGCUGGGUCGAUGGCUGUACAUCGGGGGCAGCUCCAACAUCCCAGGAAGCCGCUCUCUGGCCCACAUGAUGACCAGCGUCUGGUUGAACCUGACCGCAACUGCCCAAAGCAACGUCCUCAAUCUCGUCCAGACGCAGAGGAUGGUUGGCCGAUGUUCCAGCAUAGCGUUCGAUGUGAUUUUUGAAAACAGCACAAUGGUUAUUGAGAAGCCUUUCUAUCUGAAGGAAGUCUAUCUGCCCACGGAGUGCUCAGACUGUCUGGUUGCUGCGGAGGAAAUUGUUUCUGGGACAGAUGAAUUUACCAGCCUUCUCAUGUUUAGCAGGAGCAGGAAUGUCCCAGCUGCCGCUCUGGAGAUGCUGAGUGAUCAAGCAGAGUGUCUUCAGAUGGUUCCUCCCAUCAUUUUAGAUCCAAACUCUGAAAUGUGUCCUGACAACAUCCCUCGCUCUGAGGGGCUGAGUGCUCUGAACUCCUUGUUGGAGGCCAAGACCGGACACCGUGUGGCCAGAUUCCUGGAUGCUGUUUUUGAUUUUUUUGUGAACUGAGGGUGGGUUAGUUCUGACUUUACCUCUGCAUAUGAGUCUGGAAAGAAAAAAUGUUUUUUUUCCUGUUUAGAUUUAGUUUUAGAAAAAUCUCAGGAACAUUUGUGAUACCUUGUUCUAAAUCUUGAAAUGUGGGAAAACCACAACGUGUAGUUUUGCUUCAGAAACAUUUUUAAGGUCAAUAAAAAUUUACAAAACAA